GCCGGGAAUCUACAGCGGGAAAGAAACAAGAGCAGAAAGACUUCUCUUGUGUUGGGAAAUUCCGAGGCACAGUUCCACGUGUAAUAUUCUGAAACAUGGAAACGCCAAGAUUGGAAGGUGGAAGAAUUAAUUUGGAUGCCCCUCGUUAUGACCAAUCAACAUUUCUUGGACGUGCUAAACACUUUUUCACAGUUACCGACCCAAAGAAUAUUUUGCGUUCAGCGAAAGAACUUGAUGAUGCAAAAGAACUUCUUCUAAAGUACAGGCAGAAAAAAGAACCUGCUGGAACCACUGAUGCUCAAAUAUGGACUGCUAAGAAAGUCUAUGAGUCAGCUUUCCAUCCUGAUACAGGAGAUAAAAUGUUCAUUAUUGGACGAAUGUCAGCACAAGUACCAAUGAACAUGUCAAUAUGUGGUUGUAUGUUGACAUUUUACAAGAGCACGUCAGCUGUUCUCUUCUGGCAGUGGAUCAAUCAGUCAUUUAAUGCAGUAGUGAACUACACAAACCGGAGUGGUGACUCUCUGAUAACAAAUGAACAGUUGGGAAUGGGAUAUGCAUUUGCCACAACAGGAGCUGUUGCUGUUGCCUUGGGAUUAAACCACUUAACUAAGUCAGCUCCACCUUUGAUUGGUAGAUUUGUUCCAUUUGCCGCUGUUGCUGCGGCAAACUGUGUGAACAUUCCUCUUAUGCGACAAACGGAGUUAUUGAGGGGAAUUCCUGUAACUGAUGAAGAUGGAAACAGAAUUGGAGAAUCAAAGGCUGCAGCACGGAAAGCCAUAGGAAGUGUUGUGUUUUCCAGAAUAGUUAUGGCAUCUCCUGGAAUGUCUAUCCCACCAAUUAUAAUGAACUAUCUAGAUACAAAGCCAUUUAUGAAGCGGUGGCCAAUUUUAGCUUCUCCAAUUCAAGUUGGAUUAGUGGGAUUGUGCUUGGUGUUUGCAACUCCCCUGUGUUGUGCAAUCUUUCCACAAAAGAGCUCUAUAGCAGUCUCAAAACUUGAACCUGAACUUCAAGAAAUCAUCAAACAAAGAGGAGGAACUCCACUGAAAUAUGUGUACUUCAACAAGGGACUUUGAAUCAUGAUAUUACUAUUAAUUUAUUAAGAGGAAUUGAUCAGAAUUUAUGUGCAAUUGUUGUGUGCAUCUUAUAGCAUGCUAACAUUUUUUAAUCACCCAGUGUAUCAAGUGAAUUUUGGUAUACUUUCUGUAAGGUUCAAUUGCAAUA